CAGAGCUGUCGCCCUGCUGCACCACCACCAUCACCAAUUGACCUAUCUGCACUUGUUUUCCGCAUAACCGCCAGUUAGGUGCUCAAGAUGGCGUCGAAGAAGGCCGUGCAGACCUUCCAAAAAUACACAGUACAACCUAAAGGGUUAUCCGGCCUCAUCUACCGCAUCUUCAGCAUUGACCCCAAACGUUCCUCGGGUGUACCUCUAAACCCCCAAUUCCGUAAUCCGCCGCCGGGUGCUCAGGACCCAGCUGGCUAUGACGACCCGGUCACUGUCCCCGCUGCCGAUCUGGCCGGGAAUCCAUACUGGAAGCGCGAUGUGCGACGCCGAUACCCACAGCUCUCGACGGUAACGCAGGCAGAUGCAGUUGCAUUGUUGGAGGUUGGAAGUGCCGUAAACCCGAAACAGGAUCUAAUUGGAGAGGCGGGCACAAAGCAAUUGGUCGCUGCAAGGGAAGAGGGUAUCAAAGGACUAACCGCUGCAUUUGAGAAGAAUACUGGGCUGGCAAAGGAUGUGCUCGGCCCUGGAGGAAUGCCACCCCUACCAACCGGACACUACCCGGCCGUGGUCACGGGGCAGAAAAGAUACGAGCUGGACCAGGAGCAGAGCUAUAGCGCAGACUACCCUUGCAGGACGUUUACAUGAGCGAUUGGAGGCAUUCUAAGACGAGAGAUCCAAUAUAGUGAACACAUCUCGAGCAGCCAGUGUACAUAGGUAGAAUACGC